AUGAGAUUCGGGAAAGAGUUUGUGUCUCAGAUGAUCCCAGAAUGGCAAGAAGCUUACAUAGAUUACGCUUACCUCAAAACGAUUCUUCAAGACAUCCAAGCUUCUCGAAACAUUUCAGAUCCCAACAGCCAGAACAACAAACCUUCCUUCGCACGCAACCUAACUAGACGGUACAACCGCGACGCCUCGGUCUCUGAUAAUCACGGCAUUGUGGUCAACACUGUGACUCGGGAGCUCGAGACGACUUACGAGACGGUGUUUUUGAAGGCUGGAGACUCUGAGGUUGCCUUCUUUAGAACCCUAGAUCGAGAAUUCAACAAAGUGAAUAGCUUUUACAGGUUGAAAGUGGACAGAGCGAGGAACGAGGCUCUGUCUCUGUCCAAACAGUUGGAUGCUUUGAUUGCUUUCAGACUCAAAGUUAUGGAGAUGAACCAUUCUCUCUCUGACUCAGUCUCUGUAGACAUCAAUACCUUAGCUUCUAAGAUUGGAUCAUCUUCCAAGCCUGGAGAACACAGAGUGGCAUUAGGAGAUCUGAUAAGAAACGAGGAAACAGGGAAUAAGAAUAUUCUUGAGCGCAUCAGGAUGAACAAAACGCGGGAAACUCCUCUGUCCGCCAUUAAAACAAUACUCAAGGUCCAGAAGCAGGAAGAGCUCAAAUUCACAAAAGAUAAUCUCAAGAAAGCCGAGGACCUACUUCAAAUAGCGUUCAUCGAGUUCUAUCAGAAGCUUCGGUAUGUUAAGAAUUACAGCUUCUUGAACACUUUGGCGAUUUCCAAGAUAAUGAAGAAGUAUGAUAAGACAGCCGCAAGAAAUGCUUCGAAACUGUACAUGGAAAUGGUGGAUAGCUCUUACCUCACUAGCUCCGAUGAAGUUCAUAAGCUGAUGCUAAGAGUUGAAUCUAGUCUCAUUGAACAUUUUUGCAAUUCAAACCGGAGCCAAGGGAUGAACCUCUUAAGACCAAAAGUGAACAAAGAACGUCAUGGAAUCACAUUUUCCACUGGCUUCUUUUUCGGCUGCGCUAUUUCUCUCAUUGUAGCUCUUGCUUUGAUCAUCCAUGCCCGUAAUAUCUUGGGCACACCGGGACAAAGAACUUACAUGGAAACAAUGUUCCCUCUUUACAGGUUCUUUGGGUUUGUAGUUUUGCACAUGAUCAUGUACGCUGCUAAUAUCUACUUCUGGAGGCGAUACCGUGUGAAUUACUCCUUCAUCUUUGGAUUCAAACAAGGCACUGAACUUGGUUACAGACAUGUUCUACUUCUCAGCUUUGGUCUUGGUACACUUUCUUUGUGUGCUGUCUUAUUAAACCUUGACAUGGAAAUGGAUUCUCAAACAAAAGACUACAGAACAUUCACUGAACUUAUUCCACUAUUUCUCCUCGCCCUAGUGAUGGCCAUUACUCUUUGCCCCUUUAACAUUUUGAACCGUUCAAGCCGAUUCUUCUUCCUCGCGGUUCUGUUUCGCUGCAUUGCUGCACCAUUUUGCACGGUGAAUCUUCCGGACUUUUUCUUGGCAGAUCAACUAACAAGCCAGGUUCAAGCAUUCAGGAGUCUAGAGUUUUACAUAUGCUACUAUGGAUUUGGAGAUUUCAGACAAAGAAGAGUAAACACCUGCAGAUCAAACGAUGUAUUCACAACAUUCUACUUCAUUGUAGCUGUUAUACCUUACUGGUUACGAUUUCUUCAAUGCAUCCGAAGAUUAAUCGAAGACAAAGAUCCGGGUCAUGGGUACAAUGCCAUUAAGUAUCUCUUGACCAUCGUCGCUGCUUGUCUUAGAACAGCUUUUACUCUUAACAGAGGAGUUACCUGGAACAUCACAGCUUGGGUUUUCUCAGGAGUUGCAACUCUUUACGCAACUUAUUGGGACAUUGUUGUUGACUGGGGAUUGCUUCAAAGAGGAUGUAAAAACACUUUCUUAAGAGAGAAGCUUCUUGUUCCUCACAAAACCGUGUACUACGCUGCAAUGGUCCUGAAUGUUUUAUUGAGGUUAGUGUGGUUACAAACAGUUUUGGAUCUGAAAUUUUCCUUCUUACAUAGAGAAACUCUUGUCGCGCUUCUGGCUUGCCUCGAGAUCAUACGAAGGGGGAUAUGGAACUUCUUCAGGCUGGAGAAUGAGCAUUUGAACAACGUUGGGAAGUUCAGGGCGUUCAAAUCUGUCCCUUUACCGUUCAACUACCAGGAAGAUGUUGAUCAAGACAAUUAG